AUGAAAUUGACUGCAAACAUGUCCAGCCACCAAGCCAUUAUGAAGUGCCCUUGGCAGUGGCGCCAGCCAUUUCUGGAUGAAAAGCGCGAGAGCCGCAAACGCAAGAAAUUCUGCGGUGCGGAUAAGCUUGAAUUGGAUGAAAAGGAAAACAUUCAGCGUGAGAUUGAGCGCUUGAUGACCAAGAAGAGCAACGAACUAUUAAGCCACAGCGACGACGCCAAGCGAGAUGAUAUCACCGGCGAUACGAGCGAUUUCGAUGUUAUUUGUGAAAACCAGGCGCUGGUUGAUAGUAUAUUGCUCAUGUCUAAGUCCGUGGAGGCUUCUUCCCUCACAUUACUUGCAUCUCCAAAGAGCGUGAUGUCUUCUUCUUCCUCGUCGGACAGCGACGAGGAAGAUAUCAGCAGUAAUAGUGAUGAGUCUUUUGACCUUGCUGAAGAUCGACCUGCGAAGCUCAUUGCGCUCAGCAGCCCGUCGCUCGAGCUCGUGUCUGACAGCUUGCAAGAGCCAUACUUUGCGGUCGAGGACAGCGAGCUUCUCGACUUCCCCAGCUCUGGAGUGAUCGCGGCGGACUGA